ACCCUCCGCCGGGAGAUCCAGGUGCAUCGCCCGCGCGUGGCCGAGGUUCUGGAGCGCGCCGGGGCCGUGGCCUCCAUCCGCAGCCCCGAGGCCGAGGGCGUGCGGCGGCUGCAGGAGCGCCUGGGCUCGCUCUGGGGGGAGCUGCAGGAGCAGGCGGAGCGGCGGCAGCAGGCGCUGGACGCCACCUUCCAGCUGGAGCAGUACAAGUGCGACGUGGCCGAGGUGGAGGCCUGGCUCGGGGAGCAGGAGCUGCUGCUCAUGAGCGACGACAAGGGCAAGGACGAGCAGAGCACCCUCCAGCUCCUCAAGAAGCACCUCCUGACCGAGCAGACGGUGGAGAACUACGAGGAAACCAUCGCCCAGCUCUCGCGCCAGUGCCGGGCGCUGCUGGAGCUCGGCCACCCCCAAAGCGAACAGGUCAGCAGGCGGCAGUCGCAGGUUGACCGGCUGUACGUGUCUCUGAAGGAGCUGGUGGAGGAGCGCAAGGCCAAGCUGGAGCAGCAGUACUGGCUCUACCAGCUCAACCGCGAGGUGGACGAGCUCGAGCACUGGAUCGCCGAGAAGGAGGUGGUGGCCGGGUCGCCGGAGCUGGGGCAGGACUUCGAGCACGUCACCCUGCUGCAGGAGAAGUUCCUGGAGUUCGCCAGCGAGACGGGCAGCGUGGGGCAGGAGCGCAUCGCCGCGCUCAACCAGAUGGUGGACGAGCUCAUCGACUACGGCCACGCCGACGCCGCCACCAUCGCCGAGUGGAAGGACGGCGUCAACGAGGCCUGGGCCGAGCUGCUGGAGCUGAUGGAGACGCGGGCGCAGAUGCUGGCGGCCUCGCACGAGCUCCACAAGUUCUUCAACGACUGCAAGGAGCUCCUGGCGCAGAUCGAGGAGCGCCGGCGGCGGCUGCCGGAGCUGGCGGCGCGCGACGGCCGCGGCUCCGCCGGCGCCUUGCAGCGGGCGCUGGGCGCCUUCGAGCACGACGUGGAGGUGCUGGUGAGCCAGGUGCGGCGGCUGCAGGAGGCGGCGGCGCAGCUCCGCACCCUCUACGCCGGAGACAACGCCGAGGCCAUCGCGGCGCGGGAGCAGGAGGUGCUGCGCGCGUGGAAGGAGCUGCUGGCAGCCUGCGAGCGCUGCCGGCUCCACGUGGCCGGCGUCGCCGAGCGCAUCCGCUUCGUGGGCGCCGCCAGGGACCUGCUGGCCUGGAUGGACGGGGUCCUGCAGCAGAUGGGAGCCGGGGACAAGCCCAGGGACGUCUCCUCGGUGGAGCUGCUGAUGAGCGACCACCAGAGCCUCAAGAACGAGAUCGAGGCCCGAGCCAAGAGCAUCUCCAGCUGCCUGGAGCUGGGCAAGAGCCUCAUCCUCAGCAAGAGCCCAGCGGCCGAUGAGAUCAAAGCCCACGUGGAAAAGCUGCUCACGAAGAAGAAAGAGAUGUUGGAGACGUGGGACAAGCACUGGGAGUGGCUGCAGCAGAUGCUGGAGGUGCACCAGUUCGCCCAGGAGGCCGUGGUGGCCGACGCGUGGCUGACGGCGCAGGAGCCGCUGCUCCGGAGCCAGGAGCUGGGCAGCAGCGUGGACGAGGUGGAGCAGCUCAUCCGGCGCCACGAGGCUUUCCGCAAGGCGGCCGCGGCUUGGGAGGAAAAGUUCAGCUCCUUGAGGAGGCUCACGACGCUCGAGAAGCUCCGCGCCGAGCAGACCAAGCAGCCCCCGACCCCUCUCCUGAGCCGCAAGUUCCCGGGGGCCCCCUCGGGGGCCCCAACGGCGCCAGAACCGGGACCAGAACCGGGACCGGAACCGGGACCAGAACCGGGACCGGGACCAGGACCGGGACCGGGAUCGGGACCGGGAUCGGGACCGGAGCCGCGUGUGGGGCUCGUGCGCCAGGAGCUGCGCCCCGAGCGGCUGCAGCCGCAGCGCGACCGCGUCCAGGCCCCCCCGGGGGCCUCGGAGCCGCCUCCCACCGGGGACCCCCCCCCAGCGGAGCCCGAGGCGGCGGCCGAGCCCCGGCCGGGGCUGCUGGAGCGGAGACGGGAGCGGAGGGAGCGGCGCUUGGAGAGGCAGGAAUCGAGCGAGCCCGAGGCGCGCCCCGACGGGAAAGGCAAAGCGACCCUGGCUGACAUCGUGGAGCAGCUGCAGGAGAAGGAGGCGGGAGGCCCCGUGCCGGCUUCGCCUCGGGACCGGGACCCCCCUCGCCUUCCCCCCGGCGCCGAGGCGCUGCCGGAGCGACCCCCACGUCCGGACCGGCCCCGCGCCCGCGACCGCCCCCGACCGCGCCGGCGGCCCCGGCCCAAGGACCCGGCGCAGGGCCCCGGGGAGCCGCGGCGCUCGCGCUCGGCCCCGGCCCAGGGCAGCAGCGCCCCGGCCCCACCGCCCCCCCCCAGCCACACCGUCACCCACGAGGGCUUCCUCCUGCGCAAGCACGAGCAGGACGGGGCCAAGAAGGCCUCCAACAGGUCCUGGGUGAACCUUUACUGCGUGCUGAGCAAGGGGGACCUGGGCUUCUACAAGGACGCCAAGGGCCCGGCCUCGGGCAGCACCCACGGCGGGGAGCCCCUGCUCAGCCUCCACCGCGCCACCAGCGAGGUGGCCACCGACUACAAGAAGAAGAAGAACGUCUUCAAGCUCCGGACCAGCGAUGGGAGCGAGUUCCUGCUGCAAGCCAAGGAUGAGGAGGAGAUGCGGGCCUGGCUGCGCGCCCUGGCCGCCAGUACCCAGGAGCACCAGGAGGUGGCGCGCUGGCACCAGGCGCUCACCACCUCCUCCACCGACGAGGGCGCCCCCCGGCGGGAGGGCGAGCGGCGCCCCAGCGCCUCCGGGCGGCGGAAGUGACCCCCCCAUAGGGACCCCCCCAUGGGGACACCUCCAUAGGGAACCCCCAUAGGGACCCCCCCAUGGGGACACCCC